UGCAGGGAAGAAUGGGGGGGGAGAGUUCCACACAUCAGAAAACCUAUCUUCAUCAUCAUCACCGAUAGCGCAGAGAGCAGGCGGCUUUGGGAAAUCGAUUUUAUGUAUUGUGCUCGGGGUGACGGAGUGAUCAUUUGUGCUGGGGAUUGUACGUUUCAGCUGUGUUCUGGCGUAAAAUUCCGGUUCUUGAUUCCGCACCUAUUUGGGUAGCGUGUGUAUGUGUCCGUGUGCGUGUGUGUGUGUUUGUAGUGCAACAGCGAAAAAUGGGAAAAUCUUGAAUCGCUCCCUUGUGCGGUGCUCAUUUUGUGAUCUACUCCCCCCCGGAUCAUCCCCUCCCGGAGGCCUUUCAUUCAAAACAGCUGGAACGGUGAAAAACGGGAGUCUGCGUCCCGCGUGGCAAUCUGCGCACUAUUUCCUUGUUGAAUUUCUGCUCUUCCGCCCCACUGCGGAGGGAAAGUAAAUCGCCAGCGGCGAGUUUUGUGAUUUUCCAUGAAGCCAGCUAGUUAGUUUAUUCUUUUAUUUUAAGCAUUAUGAAGGAGAAAAAAAAGAUUUUCCUUCCCGUCCUGCCUUUCAUAGCUUGUCCGACCGAGGGCAAUAACGAGAGCAUAAAGUAUGUUGCCCGGAGAGAAGAGGAAAAUUCGUACGAACCAGCCGUAAAGAGCUAGAGAGAGAGCGAGAAAGUGCAAGAACCCAACGCAUCAACGGCGACAACGAACGGCCGUGCUGAUGUACUCGAGAGCGCGCAGAAAAGCUUGUGCGUGGUAUUUUUCGAAGCGGAAGCUGGUUCCAUCAUCCAGCGUAAACCGGAACGGAGACAACCAUCCACAGAAACGAUAGGCAACAUCCUGCGAACGCCGAGAAGAUCCCCCAUUCACAUAGGACAGCGAUCUGUACCCUUCCUUUUGGCCACGGGUUUCCCGUGGCGGGGGUCUGAUGGUAGCAGCGUUCGUGGAGGAACGAGAAUACAUCGGCUUCUUUUUACAUGUCAGAUUUUCGGAAUUUGAUUAACUCCAAACAUUUCAAAAUAUGUCCACCAGGAAGGAACACGACGGGAAAAGCAUAUCGUGAAUGUUUAAAGAAACGAUAAAAUAGCAAAAUGUGUGUUGGUUGGUUGGUUUCGUUGUUCGGGAAAAUCUCUAUUCUGAAUCUUCUCUUCGUUUCCAUUUUUACACAUACAAACAAAACCACACACGCACACACAACCCGAGGUGAGAUUGAGUUAGGGUGUUGGAAAACAGAUUAGCAAAUUUCGUUGUGUAGUAGGCCGCCACUGCCGUCCCGGUGACGUGCUUGUGACGUUGUGCGUGGUUUCUGAGCUCGGAUGAAAAGCGUUUGCCAAAAACAAGAGCAAAAAUAAGAUCAACACGUUUGUCAAUGCAUAUUUUGCCACACAGGUGCAGAGGAAACUGCCACACGAGGUCGAAAUUACAUCUCCGCAAUUGUUUGUGAGCACCGAGAGUGCAGUUGAGAGUGAGCAGGGCAAAUAAUCCUGGGAGGUUGUAGCGAUUUUUCUUCGCCUAAAUUUCCACGCAUAUCUUGCGUGGCACUCGUGUGUGUUUGUGUGGGUUUGUGUGCGCGCUUGUACAUGCAUAUGUGAAGUGAUUCGGGAAAAUCUCAACACAUGGCUUUUGUUAUCACAUCCCUUUAGGUGCUUUUUUGUGUUUUUGGUGCAAUGUGCUGGCCGUGAUAGUCUGGUGGUAUAUCAUCUAAAAAGGAACCUUGCCGUCCCGAUCCGCCCGCCCUACCCCAGCAUCGUGCACGGUUUGAAGUGUGACGCGUGUUUACCGCUGGCCGUGUGUGCGGCUGAAGAAAAGGUGCAUCGUUGCUCGGAGUGAAGAGAAAAGUGAAGAAGAAAACAACAACAACCAAAAGAGAGAGAGAGAGAUCAAAAAUUCUAUAUUUAUCGAAAGUGGACACAGUCGCAAGGUUUGUGUGCGUGUGUGUGUGUUAGUACUAGUUGGUUUUUCCCCUUUUCAUGCCAGCGAUUGUGUUGUUGUGUCGUUGGCUGUGCUGCUGCUAGUGGCAACAUCAUCAUCAUAGGCGUCCUGCGAAAAACGGUGUGUGUACUCGCGCAGCGGGGCUUUCCACGCGCUGAAUCGCAGUAGGCGUGAGAGUGACAGGAGCCACACAGAACACCACAGCCCUACUACACAUUACUACUGCCUGCUGGUUUCGCGAGAGCGUGUGCGAGCGAACCGGGAAAGUCCCUCGAUUGGUCGGCAGGAUAUCCGCCGGACUGAACAGCAAAGCCGGGCAGCUGCUGCCGGGCGUGGAACAUUUCGUUGGGAAACGGAUUCGCUACCACGGAGCUGGCCGGACCGACAUCACCAUCAAGCGGUGCGCUAUAAUGAAGAGGCGCAAUGCCGACUGUGGCAAAAUACGACGGCCCAUCAAGAAGAACAAAAUUGCGGAACAGAUUGGGAGCAACACCCUGCUCUACAUCAAAUUCCUCCUAUUAUGGGCGUCCGUAAUAACAGCAGACUUUUUGCUCGAAUUCCGUUUUGAAUUCCUAUGGCCGUUCUGGUUGCUGCUUCGUUCGAUAUAUGAUUCCUACAAAUAUAAAGGAUUGGCAUUUUCGGUGCUGUUCGUCUGCAUAGCGGUGACAUCCGAUUUGGUAUGUCUAUUUUUCAUCCCCGUUCAGUGGCUAUUUUUCGCCGCCAGUACAUACGUUUGGGUCCAGUACGUCUGGCAUACAGAUAAAGGAAUCUGUUUGCCAACGAUAAUACUGUGGAUAUUGUUUGUAUAUCUGGAGGCUGCCAUACGAUGGAAGGACAGUCGCAAUAUACCGCAUCUCAAUCUUUGCCGACCGUUCGCCGCUCAUUGCAUUGGCUAUCCGGUGGUGACGCUUGGGUUCGGUUUCAAGAGUUACGUAGGCUUCCGCAUACGGCAACGCAAGCAGCGCGAGGUAGCAAAGGAUAACGACUUCUACAUGCAGCUGCUGCAGGAAGCACUGCCGAAGGAGGAAUCCAGGGCGCUAGAACCGCUGGCCGACGGGGCUACCGGGGCGGGCAGUGAGCAGUUGACUUCAACGAAGGAGCUCGUACCCGUAGCGACGUCGGGCAACAACCAUAGUCUGAACAGUAGUAGCAACAGUGCUACGAGCAACCGAAGUGAUACAGGGCAGCAUCACCACCACAAUCACCAUAAUCACAAUCAUCACCACCAUAAUCACCAACAGCAGCAGCAUCAUGCAAGUCACAGUAAGAGCGCGCAGAGCUACAAAUCGUCCAGCAGUGGCUCCUCCUCGACGACGCAUGUGAAUGGGCACGUCAGCAGUGGUAGCUCGCCGUCCUCCUCGUCGACCAGUACGAUGAACGGCGGCCUAAAUCACGCUUCACACCAACAGCAAGGCUCUUCCAAGCAUCGGAAAAGUUUGGACAAGGAUAGCAGCAGCAGCAGCAGCAGCAACAGCAGCGGCAGCAAUGCGUCAUCCAAUUCAACCAGUACGUUUAAUGCUGGCAGUAAGAUGAAUGGUGGUAGCGGUGGCAGUGGAGGUAACUACUCCUAUCACCAGACCACCACAUUCCAACAGAACGGUGGUAACGCUAGCACCACCAGCAGUAGCUCCAGCGGCAGCAGUAGCGCUGGUGGUGGUAGCGCCACACACAGUACAAAAGAAAACUCGAGCACGGGAAGUCGUGGCGGCGAUCAUAAUGGUAACAUUCACUGCAACGGUGGAGCUGUGACAAAGGAUGCAAAAGAUGGAUCCGGGCAGAGUCUGGCCGCUCGUAAAGAUUACGACAAGGAGACAACGAGCAACAGUAGCAGUGCGGCCGCCGGUUCGAUCGGUUCGUCUUCUUCGAGCUCCGCGAAACACUCCAAUCGUUCCAAAAGUCCAACCGAAAGCAGCACGCAUAGUGUGGCGGUGGGAAGCAGCAAAUCGAACAGUAACAAACAGAACGGCCACAUCAGUUCGCAAUACCAUCAGCCGGAGCUUGUACAGCAGGUGGCGUGUACGGAAGUAGCGACGGCUGGGUCAGAAUCGAAAGGGGGUGGUGGUCGUUCCGGGCGCAAAAAUCGGCUCAAGAAAGCUGCCGAGCAGCAGGCUCAACUGUCGGCAAUUGCUAAACUUUGUGCUACCCUGGCGCUGGCGUCCUCGGUGACCACGCUAACGACAGCGGCCGGGGCCACGUUGUCAUCCGGUGGUGGUGGCGACAAUGCAACAACCAUCACGUCAGCUUCGUACACCGGGGCUGGCAGUGUGCCGUCUGCCUCCGUUAAGGACAAUCACCAACACAAUAGCGAACAGGUGAAGGAAUCUGGCGAUGGCCGGUCUAGCAGCAGCAGUAGUGGCGCCCGAGACAGCAAAAAAGAUGCCAGCGGUAUGUCAGCAAAUGGAACAGCGAAAGCGACCCCAGCGGCGGCAGGAUCGUCGUCUGGGCAAGCUUCAUCUGCUGGAGCAGCACCGCCAGUCGCUACUACCGUGGUAGUGCAGAAGGUGUGCGAAUCGUGCCCACGGCUCGAAGGUGACCUAAAGAAGUUGCGGGCUGAACUGUCAACUCAUCGACAGACAGAGAAUGAGCUGCGUCAAAAGUAUGAUUCCAACACGGGCAACCUGAAAUCGUGUCUACAGGCUAAGCAGAAGGAAUACGACGAACUACAGAGCAGAUACCAAGAGCUUAGCAGCCAGCGGCAGCAGGAACGGCAAAAUUUGCAAACCGUUGAACGACGGCUGGGUGAAGAGCGGCGCCACCGUCAAUCGCUCGAGGCUCAGCUGAACAAUGAGCGCAAGUACCGGAAGCAGGCCGAGGAGAAGGCGGCGCGCUCCGAGUGUGGCGAGUCGUGCAAGAUGAAAAAGCAACAGAUGGAAAUGGAAAUCGACAAGCUGCAGCACGAAGUGAUAAACGCGGAGGAGGGCAAGCUGAUGGCCGAAAAGCAGGCUCGCAACUAUGAGCAGGAGAUGAGAAAGUACGAGCUACAGCUGCGAAGCCGUGAAUCGCAACCCAACACAGAAGUGUUGAUCAGCGCUUUGGCCGUGAUGCGGGAAAAGAACGAAACGCUGGAGAAGAACCUGUCGGCCGAAACGAGAGUUAAGCUGGACUUAUUCUCAGCCCUGGGGGGCACCAGGCGAGAGGUGGAAAUUCUCACCUGUUCCUUGCGAUCGAAGGAAAAGGAAAUACUCGAUCUUAAUGCAAAAAUCGUGCAGCUCGUGGCGGUCAUGCCCAACGAUGCCCUCGGGCUGACCAGCCAUGGUGGGGGAGGUGGAACGGACGGGUCGUCGAUGAUGCGAUUGGCCGACGCACCACAGCUUCUGCCGCAAUCGCUGUCGAGCGGGCAUCUGAACGGGAUGGGGCCGGUUAGCGGUGGUGGAGCUGGGGGAGGUGGUGUUGCUGGAGGCACAGGCGGGGUAGGCGGUAUGCAUCAAACCAGUCAGCAGCAGCAACAGCAGCAGCAACAGCAGCAACAGCAACAACAACAGCAGCAGCAGCAGCAACAACCAAGCCCAUUGUCGCACAUGGUGGUGCAGAACGGACCAUCGUUCUGCAGUCAAUUAGGUAGCCUCGGGGUGCUAACAUCCACGAUGACGACGCUGCCCUCGUCGUCGGUGCUGGCCGGUCCGAACUCGAGUGCGGCGAACAAUGGCUGCGGCGUCGUCCACCCGUCGUCCGGUACUGUCUGCGUCGGUUUGCCAUCGCUGGGCGGCCCUGGCAGUGGCAACAAUGGAGGACAAAUAGUACAAAUGCAAAACGCAAACAGUGGUGGCGCCAACGGCGGCAACUGUCCCUCCAGUCUCGAUCCGAAUGCGACGAUUUACACGCCGAAGAACAACGGCAUGGUCGGCGGCACCGAAGCCUGACCGCAUGAGUUAUCGUUUUUCCCGCCCGGCAAUGUCACCUUUUCAGCGCUCCCAUCGGCAUCCUCGCUAGCGCUGUUUGUCAGCCUGGACAGCAGCGCUGGUGGGACCGUCAGCACCACUGCUACAUCCACUGCUAACGCCAGCGCAACAAAUCCAAUUAGCAGCAGCAGCAUCGCCACCACCAACAACCUGAUCAGCGCUAGCGUGGCCAACCUGGCGCAACAGUUCAACGCACACCAUGCUCAACAUUCAGUGGCCGGUUCUGCUGCAAGCAGUUUGCCGUCACACUCAACGUCGCUGCUGACGCAAACGAAUCAUCCUGCCCAUCAGCACUUUCAGCAGCAGCAGCAGCAGCCGCAACAGAAUUCGCAGUACCAUCCGCAACAGAAACAGCAAUCGCAUCAUCAACAACAACAGCAGCAUCGACAACAUCCGCCAAACGAUCCGUUCGUUUAAUUUGCUACAACGCAUCACGCAUCGGAAACUUUCUUCACGUUCGAUUUGUUGUGUUUGGUUCGUUGGGUUAAAAUUUUCUACAUUGAACUUCUUUUUUCUCUCUCUUUUAA